CAUAAAAUAAAUUCGAAAUUCAAAAAAUGAUAUUCAAGAGAAGUUAGUAACAAACAUAACCUAACUUUUUUAAAUGUCACUCGCACGCGUGGUAUAAAGUUCAGUGUUAAAAUUGUGUUUUCCUCAUUUAUUACAGCAAAAAAAUGGGGAAAAAAACGAAAAUUGGAAAACAACGCCGAGAUAGGUACUAUCAAUUAGCAAAAGAAACGGGUUUCAGAUCUCGUGCGGCGUUUAAAUUAAUCCAACUCAACCGAAAGUUUGAAUUCUUACAAAAAGCUCGAGUUUGUAUAGAUUUAUGUGCAGCACCGGGAGGAUGGAUGCAAGUGGCGCAACAAAACAUGCCCGUUUCAAGUAUAAUAGUAGGCAUAGAUUUGUUUCCGAUAAAGCCUAUACCUGGUUGUAUUUCUCUUACGGAAGAUAUUACAACAGAGAAGUGUAAAGUAGCUUUGGGGAAAGAAUUACAAACGUGGAAAGCUGAUGUAGUGUUAAACGAUGGUGCUCCAAACGUCGGUAAAAAUUGGUUACAUGAUGCGUAUCAACAGGCUUGCUUAACGUUGAGUGCUUUGAAAUUGGCCACACAAUUCUUAAGGCAAGGUGGUUGGUUUGUUACUAAAGUGUUUAGAUCUAAAGAUUAUAACCCAUUGAUGUGGGUAUUGAAACAAUUAUUUAAAAAAGUUCAUGCAACCAAACCCCAAGCGUCUCGUACUGAAUCUGCAGAAAUAUUUGUUGUUUGUCAGUAUUAUAUUGCACCUGAUAAAAUAGAUGCCAAGUUUAUGGACCCUAAAUAUGUUUUUCAAGAAUUAGAUAUUGAACCAACCAACAAAUUAAAUGUUUUUCAUCCUGAAAAGAAGAAAAAAGCGAAGGCUGAAGGAUAUAAAGAUAAUGAUUAUACUUUAUAUCAUAAAUUACCUGUAACAGAGUUUAUUAAGCAUUUCAAUGGGAUUGAUUUACUUCAAGCUGCUUCAGAGAUUACAUUUGAUGAUGAUGAAAUCUUAAAUCAUAAAUCCACCACAAAAGAAAUAAUAGAUUGCUGUAAAGAUAUAAAAGUGUUGGGAAGAAAAGAACUUCGACUUUUAUUAAAAUGGUGGAAAAUUCUUCAUGAUGAAUAUGUUAAAAACAACACAGAAGAAACACAAACAGAAAAAGAUGAUGAAAUCGCUUCUGAUGAUGGAGAAGAGGAAGAUGAAGACACAAAAAUAAAUAAAGAAAUAUCAGAACUUCAACAAGAAGAAAUAAGAGAGGAAAAACGUAAAAAAAAGAAAGUACUAAAAGAACGUAAAAAACUAAAUGAUAAACUCAAUUUAAAAAUGGUUAUUAAAGGAGAUGGAGGUCCAACAAUGGAGGCUGACGACAUGUUUAGUUUAAAACUAAUUGAAAAUAAUCAACAAAUGAAUAAAGUUAUGGACCAGGCCCCAGAACUUUUAGCAGAAUCUGAUAAAGAAUCUGAUGAAGAUGAAAAGCCAAAAAAAAAAGUUAGAUUUGAAAAAGGAUCCGGUCAUUUACAUAGUUCCGGUAUGUAUUAUAAAGAUUCUGAUUCUGAAUUAGAAAUGGAAAGUGAUGAAGACGACGAUAAAGAUUUAAAAGGAGAAUUGGGUUCAAGUGAUUCAGAAUUUAGCGAUACCGAAUCAGCUCCCAUUAAUAAAAAGGAAAAACAACACCCCCUAAUUACCGAUUUGGAUUAUCGAGAUUCGAAACAAAAAAAAAUUAGUAAAGCCGAUCUAUUUUUUGAAAGGGACAUUUUUAAAAAUUUAAUUGACGAAAAAGAUGAAGACUUAGAUUUAGACCGAAUGGAAACUGAGUACAUCAAAAAAGAUGUAGUUGGAAAGAAAGUUAAAAAAGAAAAUUUGAAAGAUGAAGACAAUAAUAACACAUUUGAUGAUAUGGAUAGCGAUAGUGAUGAUAGUGAGUAUGAUGUUGAAAACGAAUUUAAAUCUGCGAAAAGAAACGGGGUUGAAACAGAGGUUUUGGAGAAAAAGAAAAAAAUUAAGUUAACUCCUGAAGAAAUGGCGAUGGGAACUGUUAUGAUUAAUAGUAAAAAAGCUAAAAGGGAUUUAAUUGAUGCUGCUUGGAAUCGCUAUGCUUUUAAUGAUGAAAAUUUACCUGAUUGGUUUGUUGCUGAUGAAGAAAAACAUAUGAAAAGGGAAAUUCCUGUUCCUAAAGAUUUAGUGAAUGAUUAUAAUAAACGUUUAGAAGAGAUAAAUAUUCGUCCAAUUAAAAAAGUAAUUGAAGCAAAAGCUAGAAAGAAGAAGCGUACUUUAAAAAAAUUAGAAAAAGCUAAGAAGAAAGUCGAAGCAAUUAUGGAUAAUGUUGAUGUGUCUGAUCGAGAGAAAGCAAAACAAAUUAAACAGUUGUAUCAAAAGGCGAAAGCUGAUCCUAAAAAAGAAGUCACCUAUGUGGUUGCUAAAAAAUCAAUGGCUGGAAAGAAAGUCGCUAGACCUCCAGGUGUUAAAGGUCACUACAAAGUCGUUGAUCCUCGAAUGAAAAAGGAUCUUCGUGCCCAAAAAGCCAAAAACAAACGAGAUUUUAAAAGUAAAAAGAAUAAAGGUAAAAUUAGGAAGUUUAAUAAUAAGAAAAAAGCUGGAAAUGUUAAGUAAUCAAGUACUUGUUUAUAAUAAACUAUCUUUAUUUUAA